AUGGAGACGUCGCCAUCCAAUUAUAGCACAUCUUUUGAGGAGGACAAGUUGCUCAUGCCGUCUAUGAUUGACAUGAGUAAGUACACCUCGGUACAAGAUGUGCUGCCACCGCCGAACAACGAGGAUCUGCAUGUGGUCGUCAUGGCUAUCUCGUAUUUGCUACUUUUUCUUCUCGGUACAUGUGGCAAUGUGGCGGUUCUCACCACAAUCUAUCAUGUGGUCAGAUCGAGUAAAGCUGCUCUCGACAAUACACUCAUCUACCUGGUCGUCCUCUCCUGUGUUGAUUUUGGCGUUUGCCUUAGUCUACCAUUCACGGUCAUCGACCAGAUCCUUGGUUUCUGGAUGUUUGGCACAGUGCCGUGCAAAUUACAUGCUGUUUUCGAGAACUUCGGGAAGAUCUUAUCCGCACUAAUCCUCGCCGCUAUGUCUUUUGAUAGAUAUGCAGGCGUUUGCCAUCCGCAAAAGAAGUUCCUUCGCUCCAGGAAAUUGGCAAUCACUAUUCUCAUAGGACUGGCAGCUUACGCACUCAUCACUCUUUGUCCUUUGUUGUGGUCAUUUACCUCCAGAGAAAUCAUCAUGUUUGCCCGAGAAACUGGAUAUCGAAAAAUUACUCGGAUGAAAAUAGAGAAAUGUACAGUGGACAUCGAUUCUCAGAUGUUCACAGCAUUCACCAUCUACCAAUUUGUGCUCUGCUAUUGCACACCACUUAUUCUCAUUGCCUAUUUCUACUCGAAACUUCUCAAAAAACUUCGGGAACACGCACGAACGUUCAAGUCUUCACAUAUUCCACUAAUGCGUAUCUCGUUGUACACGCUAGCAGUCGCUUGCUUCUACUUCCUUUGUUGGACACCGUUCUGGAUGGCCACGGUUUUCGCUGUUUAUCUCGAGAAUACAGGUGAUUCUGGGGGUACGGUCCCUCCGCUGUUCGUAUAUAUCAUGUAUUUCAUCCAUGCAUUACCCUUUACGAACUCAGCUAUUAAUUGGAUUCUCUACGGCGCUUUGAAUGGUCAACUGCAGCAACGUUACAGAGGCAGGCGAUCGAGUAAAACCACAUUAACGACGCGGACAGCUCCACAGAGUACAGGAAAACCAGCUCCUACCAUGAACGGAUCGACGACUUUUAUCAAUCAUCCGAUGACGGACGCGCUAUGCAGCUCCGCUGGUGAAAACGACUCCUCCGACAUAGUUGACGUUCAAUUGCUUGCUGCUCAUGAACCCACUUAUCUGUAG